GAGAAACCCUCGUGCCUUCCUAUCCUCCCUCCCAUGGCGGAGUCGUCCGAGAACGCCGCCGCGGCGCCCGCGCCCGCGCCACCUGCCACCCCUGCCCCGGCCACGGUCCCAUCGCCGGCGCCGAAGAUGUCCCCGCCUGCCAGCUCCGGGAUCCCGCCGCGGUACGACCUGAACGCCAAGUGGGACGCCUGCCUCGACCUCUCCAUCCGCCGCGUCGCCUACUCCUCCCUCGCCGGCGCCUUCGGGGGCCUCAUCCUCUUCCAUUUCCCUUUAUCGUGCCUUACCCUUGUAUGGUAUGUUUGUAUUUAUUUACAGAUGCAGAUCUUUGUGAAGAUCCUCACCGGCAAGACCAUCACCCUCGAGGUCGAGUCCUCUUACACCAUUGAAAAAUUUCAAGGCCAAGAUCCAGGAGAAGGAGGGCAUCCUCUGACACCAUUGCAAAACUACUAA